AUGGGUCAAGGAGAGGAUGAGAGUAGCAAAGGAUUUGCUGAGGAAGCAGCUAACAAGCAUCAUCAGUACGGUACGUUUCAAAGUGUUGUUAACUACCCUCCUCCUCCGCAUCAGAAUUAUCAUCCGGUCACUGGUUUUCCUGGAGUUUACGGUUCCUCUGCUCCUCAUUUCCCCCAUGGUUAUCAAACCGUUCCAGUCUAUGGCGUUGCUGAAGGAAGACCUCUGAUUGUGAGACAACGCCGCCUUCCUUUCUGUGGAAUUGGUCUUGGAUGGUUCUUGUUCGUAGCUGGAUUUUUCCUUGGAGCAAUCCCUUGGUAUGUCGGAAUGGUCAUCAUGAUGGAUGGAAGAAGGGUUGACCACAGGGAGAAACCAGGUUACAUUGCUUGCACCAUCGCUGCUGCUCUUGCCACGAUCACUCUGAUUCUGAGUUUUUCUAAAGGAGCAGAAGACGGGUGA